CCCCAGGCAAACCGGAAGUGGCCGCUGUAACCCGAGGACCAAGUUAGUGGGGUCCGCAACGGGGGCGGGACUUCCGGCGGGGCGGUGCUGUCCAUCACCGGGCACUGCCGGUUUCCCCGCCCGUGACUUAUAUUUCGAGAGCGCGAAAAAGGUCGCAGGCAGCGGAAGUGACUGCGCCGACACCGGAAGCGCAGUCGCACAGUUUCCCCCUUCGACGGGAAAAAGGUCGCGGACCGGAAGUGACUGCGCCGACACCGGAAGCGGCUUCUCACAGAUCCCCCACUAAAACGCAUGAAAAAGGUCGCGGACCGGAAGUGACCGCGCAGACAUCGGAAGCCAUUUCUCCCAGGUUCCCACCGGCGGGAAAAAGGUCGCGGACCGGAAGUGACCGCGCCGACACCGGAAGCGGCUUCUCCCAGAUCCCCCAUCCAUGGCCCCCGUGCGCCUCUCCUUCUCGGCCGCCGGCUUCCUGGGCCUCUACCACCUGGGCGCGGCACACGUGUUGCGUGUGCGCGGGUCACGCCUGCUGCGCCAGGUCACGGGGGUCGCGGGGGCCUCGGCCGGGGCCCUGGUGGCCGCGGCGCUGGUGACGGCGCCCGAGCGGCUGGAGCUCUGCACGCGCUUCGCCCUCGACCUGGCGAGGACGCGCGGCGGCGCCCGCUGGGGGUCGCGACCCCGGGGUUCGACUUCCUGGCCCGGGGAAGCCCGGGCCGCGCACAGACGCACGCGUGCGUGUGAAAACACGCAUCCAGGGAGUGAAGCACGCCGUGACACGCCACGACACACGUGGGUUUUGCCCCCCCUUCCCCCCGGUCCCAGUCGGUCACACCAAUGCCGCGCACACGCGUGUGACGGGACUCACGCGUGUGUGGACGCCGCGCGUGGCCUCGGCGGCCGUGGGUUUCGCACACGCGUGUCGUCCGUGUUCUCCCGCUCCCCCCCCCAGGUCCUGCUCGCCAGCUGCUUCGUCCCCGUGUUCGCCGGACUCGAGGCCGUGGAGUUCGAGGGCGAGGCCUGGACUGACGGCGCCCUCUCCAACGCCCUCCCCGUGCCGCCCGGCCUGGGCCGCGCCGUGUCCGUGUCCCCGUUCUGCGGCGGCGCCGUCGUGUCGCCCCGGGACCCCGGCCUGUGGGGUUGGGGUCCACGCGUGCGCAUGAACAACCUGGAGGUGGCGGUGAGUGCUGGACACGUGACACGCGUGUUUUCACAUGACGUGCGUGACUUCCGGUCACACACACGCGUAACUUCCUGUCCCGCCCCCCAACUUCUGGUCCACGUUCUCCCACCCAUCACACGCGUGUUUUCCCAUGUCACCUGUGACUUCCUGUCUUGCACACGUGUGACUUCCUGUUCCUAUUGCAUGACUUCCUGUGACACGCGUGACUUCCUGUCCCACCCCCCACCCCCAUCCCGCUCCCCCACCCUCCCGUGA